CUGUGCGUUUGUCUUCGUGCCGAGCAUCUGAUCAAACCACUUCUGCAUCUUUUCGUGGCAGCUCCUCUAUUUCGCAAACAUUCCUGAACGUCAAUUUAUUCUAUUAUGAAGACACUCAGUUUACUCGUUCUUCAUCUAUCGCUCUUUGGUGUUUCAGCUCACAGAAAGGGACUAGAUUGCGAUUUUGAAGCUCGUAACCUCAGAACAAUCCAGUCGCUUUACAACCUAACUAUUUUUCCAAAUAAUGUCCCUAUCAUAAAAAAUAGCACAUCAGCCUUCCCGCAAGGCAUCCUCGCAAAUGAAAUAUCCGGCCGCGUCACGCCGGUCGGGGCGUUUGAUGACCUCGAAGGCUCGAUCGAGUACUUCGUCGGACUAGCGCCCGUUCCCACUAAACAAAAUCCAACCAUUUUCUCUGAGGCGAAAAUAGUCGAGUUCAAUUCUGGAUGUUCAGAUGUUGCGACGUCGACGGUAUACUUAAAGCUCUCAAAGGUCGAUAUUGCAAACCCUACAGUACCCAUACAGUUUGUUACAUAUCUCAAACAGAUCGCAUUCUGGCACUUCAAUAAGCAAGGAGAAAUUACUCACUACGACGCCUGGAUCCCAAAUCUGCAGGCAUUUGUGGAAAAGAAUUUUGGAGAACCGCUGUCCAAUCCUGGUACCCAAGCGGGCUUCAAGCAGACAAUAUGUGGCCUAGCCAUGCAGCGAUGUGUUGGACCCAAUGUGCAGUGGAACAGUUUGGAGGAAUGCCUGGGGUUUUUGGAAACAAUUCCCUUCGGUACUUUCGAUUAUGCGACUAGCAACACCGUGGCGUGCCGGCAGAUCCAUGUUAUCUUGACUUCAAGUCGUCCAGGUAUUCACUGCCCACAUGUGGGUCCCACGGGUGGUGGCAAGUGUGUUGAUACAGAUUACACAACAUUUUACUUUGGGGAUGAAGCUAUCUUUGGAUCACCUGCAAGCUCAAUAUUCAUAUGCCCACCAAAACCUGGAGACAAAUGCCGCCGUGUUUAGCUAUUUUUUGAUAUUUAAUGCCUUAGAUUACAUAUAUCUAAUCACAGGCAAUCUCACAUAUAAUAAUUAAGACUAUUGUUUAUAUAAUAUACGCAAUAAGCGAGUGG